CUCGUGUUCAUUUGUUGCUUACUAGAAUAUUUAUGCAAUUAUUAAUAACACUUUCCGUGUGUGUAUAUAUUAAUUGUACGAAUACUCAGAAAGAUGGUUUUUUGUUUUUGAAUUUGGCAUCAUUACAUGUUCAAAUGAACUUGUUCUCAGUUACUAGUGUCAGUAUACAUGUUUAAAAAGUCCCCAAAAUUAGGUAUGGUGUUAAGUCAUGACAAACUUUGCAUAGAUAUGUAACAUGGAAAUUAGCCCCUCCCUAGCCUCAAGCCCUCAAUCCUGGAUCCACCACUGCAGCAUGAGAGACACUGACACAAAAUUCUUGAAAGUACUCUUGACCUUUGCAUACCAUGAUUCACACAGCUUACUCAAGUUUAAGAAAACACAAACACGCUAAUUGAGAUGUUAUAUUCUUAACAUGACACUGACUUCUCAAAUUUUUGGCCAUAAGAUCUCAUUUUGUUGCGGCCUGGUGCCUGCGACAGUAACAAAAGAAAAGAAAAAACUUGUGGGGUUCUUUGAAAUUUACUUAGUUCUUCUGGUUUAUAGUGAGAUAGGCUGAUAGCUCAUGACAAUGCAAGGGUAGAGAGCCUUCUCCAUGAGUUUAACAAGGAAUUGUUCAUUCUUAUAAAUAGCUGAUUGUUAGACAUAACUGAUGUCAUGGGCAUAAAGAGGGGCGCCAUAGGGCGCAAGUGUCCUAGUUGGGCCUUAAGCCCAUUAGUGUUAAUUAGUGUCUCUCUUAGUUAUUUGUCUAUAGGAAUAGUACCAUAUUGUCUAGGCAUAAGAGGUGUUAGUCCUAUGUACCUUUUAUAUUCAGCCCAUGAGGCACAAUGGAAAUCAAGCAAUGAAUUAUGAAGAAACAAUUCUAGUCUCCCUCAAUCUCUCAAGCUCUUGGCAAAGCAUAAGGCCUAGUUAUCCCAAAAAUACCCACGUUCAUAACAUGUGGUAUCAGAUAGAGUCCAGCGAUCCUCCUUCAUCAGCCGGAUCCUCCAUAAGCCGAAUCCUCCAGCACUUUCGAUCCUCCAUCAGCCGUUUCAAAAAAAAAAAAAGAUACCGGUCCAGAUCGCUGCGUCGCCUACCUCAUCCAUCGUGCCGCGCCGCCAUAGCAACGCCACCAGCCGCCGCCGCAGCCCCAUCACCACCAUCCACCGCCGCCACAAUCAUCGAUCCAGAUCCGCCACAACACACCGCCGCUGCCACGCUUUGCCUCGAUGGAUUUCCCUAAAUUUGCGGGGAAAUCUGAUCCUGUGGGCUUCGUCAACCAGUGCGACUCCUACUUCCGCCGAGAACGCAUCAUGGAGGAAGAAAAGGUAUGGCUGGUUUCCCAUAAUUUGGAAGAUGACGCCCGGGUUUGGUUCCUACAAGUCCAGCACGCUGAAGGCACCCCGGCGUGGCGUCGCUUCACUGAGCUCCUGCACCUGCGCUUCACAUCGCCCUCGUGCCCCGACCUGCUCCACCAUGUGUCCCCUGCUGCCAACGACACUUCCCGCAUCUUUGCUGAUAUAUUCACGCAGCUGGAUCGGAUCAAGGAGUUGCUCAACGCGAAGGAUAAGAAGGACCGUGAAUGCCGGGCGGCUGUACGUCUCUAGGCAGCAGCACGGAGACUCCUGGCACGUCGCCGAGCGCAGGCUCUUCGUGCCACAAAAGCAUCGAAGGAGCAAGUAACGGUGCGCCUCCAGGCAGCAGUGCGAGGAAUGUUUGUCCGUCGCAUGGUGCGGCAGAUACGCAUGCUUCUCAGCUCGACGUUGUCGUACGUGUUCAUCCACUCGGACUCGCCGAUACGGCCUGCGGCUCCAAUUGCAGUGGAGGUCCAAGUAUGGGCGUUUCCAGUGCAGCGACCUCGCAUCAGCAUCCAGCAUCAGGCAUCAAAGGCUAUCUCAUUCAUCCUUGUGCCUGCCGUGGUGCUAGACACUUUCAGCAUAAGAGCCAGCUGCUUCACACUCCACCCUUCAGCCUACAGGAAGCCAGCAGAGGCGCUCUUCCCAUGGGAUCCAGGUGGACAUCCUUGUAUUUUAGUAUUCAAUAAAAAGGGGAAGCCGAGGUGUAAAAGGCUUAACCCUAUUUCGCGUCAACUCUCCAGCUCGAGGACGAGCUGGGUCUCCAAGGGCGGGGGAGAUGUCAUGGGCAUAAAGAGGGGCGCCAUAGGGCGCAAGUGUCCUAGUUGGGCCUUAAGCCCAUUAGUGUUAAUUAGUGUCUCUCUUAGUUAUUUGUCUAUAGGAAUAGUACCAUAUUGUCUAGGCAUAAGAGGUGUUAUUCCUAUGUACCUUUUAUAUUCAGUCCAUGAGGCACAAUGGAAAUCAAACAAUGAAUUAUGAAGAAACAAUUCUAGUCUCCCUCAAUCUCUUGGCAAAGCAUAAGGCCUAGUUAUCCCAAAGCUCUUGGCAAAGCAUAAGGCCUAGUUAUCCCAAAAAUACCCACGUUCAUAACAACUGACAAGGUUAGGUCUACGCUGAAAAAAUAAGGUGCUAAAAAAUUGGCAAACUGUGCUUUGUUAAUGGCAUCCUAUGGUCGACCAUACCAUAUGAAUAACAACUUAUUAUUAACUAGAGUUCUCUACUGACACUGUCAUAUUCUUUGGGUGUCAUUGACGUCUGAAUAAAUCUCAUAUCUCCUGCCUGCAAUUUCCACAGAAGAAAAGUCUAUAUAUGCACAGACAGAGAAUUCACAUUGCGGAUGCCUCAGCAUGGCUAAAACAGAGCUCACCAAAGCAAUGAAAGGGAGCCUUAGCCACGAGUUUGAGACUGGACUCCCAGCUGCCGACGUGUGGGAGGUCUAUGGAGGUCUCCUUGUUGGGGAUCUGAUUCCCCAAUUGCUUCCUCAAGUGUUCUCAAAGGUUGAACUUGUAGAGGGAGAUGGUGGCGUUGGAACUGUUCUGCUUGUCACUUUCCCGCCAGGAACUCCUGGAUCAGAAGCUUUCAAAGAAGAGUUCAUCAAGGUCGAUAAUGAAAACUGCAUCAAGGAGGUCCUAGUAACUGAAGGAAGCUUUCUAGACCAUGGCUUUAAGAAGUACUUGGUACGAAUCGAGAUCAUAGGAAAAGAACAGAAGACAUCCACCAUAAGAUCAACCAUUGAAUAUGAAGUUGAUCCAGAGCAUGCAAGCAACCCCCCUGUUGUCAGUACCAGUGGUUUAGCUACUAUUGCUAAGGCCAUCACAGAAUAUAUCAAGAAGAAGAAGAAGGGUUAAGUAAGCUCCCAAGUAAUUGACUCUGGAAAUAAAAGGAUGAUAGCACCAUGUAUAUGUUUGAUUAAUGAAGAUUGUAACCACCAAUGAACAAAUAGAAUAUAUUAAUGAACAAAAGAUUACCAUUUGAUCCUUCCAUUGCAUUUUGUGGAAUCUGUGGUCAAGUCAGCAUGUAUCCAGCAUGAGGUGUAAUGGUGAUGUUAGAUUAA